GGGUCGAGCUUCCCGAGACGCGGGUCCUUCCAUCCCUGCCCCGGGCUCUCUCCGCUCCAUUCCAGUGCUCGGAGUCCUGGGGCAGCCUGCGCUACCUCGGACUUCUUUGCCUUGUCUGGCCUUCGGAGUGCGCCCCUGAGUGCGCGUGCCGGGUGGUGGCCAGGGAAUGACGGCGUGUCGGAGGCAACCAGUGGCUGGACGCGCCUUGCAGGGCAGAACGCGAUGGGGGUCCCCACCAGGACCCGGGGUCAACUGGCCGGUUUUCCAGCACAGGAAUGGAGCUGAGUCCUGUUGAAGAGUGGUGUCUCUGAGUCCUCCAAGGCCUUUAGAGCUAGUGGGUGAGACAGCACGCGGAAGGACAGCCCCUGCUCCUUCAUCAGAGGAAGCUUGCCAUUGCUAUGGAUACCGAAUCCACGUAUUCUGGCUAUUCCUACUACUCAAGCCAUUCCAAAAAAUCUCACAGGCAAGGGGAAAGAACAAGAGAAAGACACAAAUCACCAAGGAAUAAAGAUGGCAGAGGGUCAGAAAAGUCUGUCACCAUCCAGGCUCCUGCUGGAGAGCCCCUGCUGGCAAACGACUCUGCUCGCACAGGCACAGAGGAAGUUCAGGAUGACAACUGGGGAGAGACCACCACCGCCAUCACAGGCACCUCAGAGCACAGUAUAUCCCAAGAGGACAUUGCCAGGAUUAGCAAGGACAUGGAGGACAGUGUGGGGCUGGAUUGCAAGCGCUAUCUGGGCCUCACCGUUGCCUCGUUCCUUGGACUACUUGUCUUCCUCACCCCCAUCGCCUUCAUCCUGCUACCCCAAAUUCUGUGGAGGGAGGAGCUGAAACCCUGUGGCGCCAUUUGUGAGGGACUUCUCAUUUCCGUAUCGUUCAAACUGCUUAUCCUGCUCAUCGGAACCUGGGCACUUUUCUUCCGCAAGCAAAGAGCGGAUGUGCCGCGGGUGUUCGUGUUCCGAGCGCUGUUACUGGUCCUUAUCUUUCUUUUUGUGGUUUCUUACUGGCUUUUUUAUGGGGUCCGCAUUUUGGACUCUCGGGACCAAAAUUACAAGGACAUCGUGCAAUAUGCAGUCUCUCUUGUGGACGCGCUGCUUUUCAUCCACUACCUUGCCAUCGUCCUGCUGGAGCUGAGGCAGCUGCAACCCAUGUUCACCCUGCAGGUGGUCCGCUCCACCGACGGAGAGUCCCGCUUCUACAGCUUGGGACACUUGAGCAUCCAGCGAGCAGCCUUGGCGGUUCUGGAAAAUUACUACAAGGACUUCACCAUCUAUAACCCGAACCUCCUAACAGCAGCCAAAUUCCGAGCAGCCAAGCACAUGGCUGGCCUGAAAGUCUACAAUGUAGAUGCUGCCCUUAUGGCCAAACUGAAACUUUGUGUAGCAGAUGGGCCCAGUAAUAACGCCACUGGUCAGUCCCGAGCCAUGAUUGCUGCAGCAGCUCGGCGCAGAGACUCCAGCCACAACGAGUUGUAUUAUGAAGAGGCCGAACACGAACGCAGGGUGAAGAAGCGGAGAGCAAGACUGGUGGUGGCUGUGGAGGAGGCCUUCAUCCAUAUCCAGCGUCUCCAGGCUGAGGAACAGCAGAAGUCUCCAGGAGAGGUGAUGGACCCCAGAGAGGCAGCCCAGGCCAUCUUCCCCUCCAUGGCCAGGGCGCUGCAGAAGUACCUGCGCACCACACGGCAGCAACACUACCACAGCAUGGAGAGUAUCCUGCAGCACCUGGCCUUCUGCAUCACCAACAGCAUGACCCCCAAGGCUUUCCUUGAACGAUACCUCAGUGCGGGCCCCACCUUGCAGUAUGACAAGGAUCGAUGGCUCUCAACACAGUGGAGACUUAUUAGUGAGGAGGCUGUGACAAACGGGUUACGGGAUGGAAUUGUUUUCGUCCUUAAAUGCUUGGACUUCAGCCUCGUGGUCAAUGUGAAGAAAAUCCCAUUCAUUGUACUUUCAGAAGAGUUCAUAGACCCUAAAUCUCACAAGUUCGUUCUUCGCUUACAGUCCGAGACAUCAGUCUAAAAUUUCUAUACUUGUGGCUUUAUGAAAAACAAAAGAAUAUAUAAAUAGAUAUAUAUAUAUGUCCAGGAGGAAGUUCUUUUAUAAAGAUUUUUUUAAAAAUUCUUCAAUGCUGACUCAAACUGGCAGAGGAUAGACCAGUAUCCUUCGACCAUCUGCACUUUAUUUGGAAGGAAGCAGGAGAUGCCCUCCCCAACAAGUGACUGUUGGCAUCUGACUUUAAUAGAUGGGACUUCUGAAGAAGCUGUUCCCUGGAGUUUCUGUGACAGCUGUAAACCAAAGUGUAGCUGCUGUGUAUCCUCUGGAGCCUCGCCUUACAACUGGUCCCUGCCUGUGACCCAGUACCACACCCACCUGGACUUCUGGUCGACCCCCUCAUAGAUCCUAGGGGCCUCACUUUAUUCUGCUUCAGGAAGCCAGACACUACACACCCACUUGCGUGUUUGUGCAUGUAGUUAUCCACAUCACCACACCAUCCUGGGGAGUGGUGGGCAGUACAGGAAAUGUCCAACCGCCUGAGUUUUUAAUCCUUUGUUGCCUUACAUUGUGAAGAGAAAGAAACUGAUAGAAAAUGUGCACUGCUGGUUUGCAGCUGUUAAGUGAUUGGCUUUCCAUUUUCCCCUGAGAGAGAGCCUACCUGCCCUGUUUCUGGCCCUGCUCCUCUGUUGGCCCUUCCCUAGCCCUGGGGUUGCUUACCUGGGCUUCACUGUAAUGCCCACUCUCCUUAGCAUCUGGACCACAGCCGUACAUGGUGGGCAGCCUGGCCAGGCUAGCUUGGCCCUCCAGAGAUGUCAGGGACUUGGCUUUCCAAGUAUACCCACAGCUCUUUGCACAGCCUCUCCCAGUCUUUCUCCCAAGAAGUAGGGUAUGACCCUGGGGAUCUAUUCAGCUGCAGCACCUCCCUUAGGCUGCAGCAGGAGCCCAUCCAACCAGUCCUCCUCAGCCCUGCUUCACACAAACCAGGAGAGACCAACACUGUGACUCCCAGUUGGCAGGUGCCCCAUGUAGCCAUCCAAUUUCCCAGGGAGACAAGUAUUCAACAAAGCUCAUGUGCCAAGCUGCCCUGCCAUGGGAAGCCAAACAGUGCCCACCACCCUGGCAACUACUGCUGUCCCAUCCUGAGGUUUGUGACCACCACCACUGUGCAACUUAUCGCAGGGAAAAGGGUCGCUGGGAAAGGGAGAGUUGGGUCAGCGGCGCAGUCCCGAAGGCUCCUUCUGUCAGCAUGUUGUAGCUGGUUUCAGAGGACAAUGCCCUUGAUGUCCCAUUUGUAGACAUAGCUGCUUCCUGGCAGAGUCCUGUGCAGGGGAGUCCCCAAGGAGCCAUUUCCUGACACCUUGUAGUGGGCUGUCCCAGUCUCUGCUUGCCUACAUCCGAAGCAAUGCUCCACCAAGUACUCUUUCCUUUCUUAGCUUCAGGGAUCUCAUUUCAGGAAAGGAGAAGGCCGCCAUCAUCUCCAUGCCCAUAUAAGUGUACCCUUCUGUCUAUUAAAAAAAAAAAUCCAAAUUGGCAUGGAAUAUUUGUGAUACACUUGUGCUUAGAAAAGCCAAUGUUAUUUUUUUGUUCAAUAACUUUUAGCUCAGAAAGGUGUGCUAGAGAAGGAAGAGAAACCCGUAGGCAAGGCACAGCCAGGAUGCCCCAUGAUAACAGUGUAACACACACGCGCGCGCGCACACACAUAGUGUAACCAGGUGCUUUGGUCUUACUUUGAAACCUUUAGGUCCCUUCUACUGGAAGUUCCUCAGGAUGUCUUUCUCAGGAAAUAUUUUAGGAGACGAGGUAAGGGGUGGGCAGUCUGUGAGAGACCAGCUGUGUGUGGAGGGUAAUGUCACAGCAGAGCUGCUCUGCCACCAACACCAUUCAGUUGUUAAGUGCCAUAAAUGUAAGUGAUGUAGAGUAAAAGGUAACACUGCUCGUCAGCAUCUUACAAUACUGUGCUUCCUGCUCCGGCUUAAAUCAUGGGUCUUAAAGGGGCUAAAUUGGAGCCCUGUGUUGGUAUGUGCAUUCCCAGAAGGGCAAAGAAAGGCUUAAAUUAAGGAAUUAAUUUAUUUUCCCUCCUGGCCCCUCUCCAUCUCCUUUGCAUAGAACUUCAGACUUCCUGAAAUUAUUGUUUUGGUUGUAAAUUGAAUAUCGAUUUUUUUCUCAAAAUACUUAAGUUUGCAUCGAUUCCUGAAAGAAAAACAAAAAUCACAAGCAGGAUCCUUUAAAGUCUUUGUGCUUCCAGCGUUUUACCAGGCCGAGUUGACGUGACGUGAGAACAAACGGUGUAGAGGAGAGUUUGCAAAAGAAAUGUGAAGUUGCAGAAAGCUGCAUCACACAACUGAAGACAAUAAAGUUUUAUUUCAUUUCUUGAA